AUGGGAGGUUUCCUGACGCUGGUCGAAGACCGGCCCACACCCAAGGCGGUAUACAACUGGAGAGUGUACGUGUGCGCGGCAGUGGCCAGUUUCGCGUCAUGUAUGAUCGGCUACGACUCUGCCUUCAUUGGCACGACAUUGGCCCUGCCCUCCUUCACCAACGAGUUCGCGUUCGAGAAGAUGACGACUUCCCACCUGGCUCUUGUCAAGGCCAAUAUCGUCUCCAUCUACCAAGCAGGUGCCUUCUUUGGCUGCUUCUUCGCCUACCCGACGACCUUCUACCUGGGGCGGAAAUGGAGUCUGGUCAUCUACUCGUUGGUCUUCAUACUGGCUGCUGGCCUGAUGUUGGGUGCCAAUGGGGAGAGAGGACUUGGUGAGAAAGAAGACACUUACACAUUGAUAUAGACGAAGCUGAUUGUGGUCAAGAUCUCAUCUAUGCGGGACGAGUACUGGCUGGUGUCGGCGUGGGUGGCUGUUCCAUGAUCACUCCCAUCUACAUCUCCGAGAUUGCUCCACCAGCUAUUCGAGGUCGAAUCGUUGGUAUCUACGAGCUGGGAUGGCAAAUCGGUGGCCUUGUUGGCUUCUGGUAAGUACAUUAAUACCCCCAAAACUUCACUGUCUCACAAAACACCUGCUGACCUUUUACACAAGGAUCAACUAUGGCGUGAGCGAGACCAUGGCGCCUAGCCAUAAGCAGUGGCUCAUUCCCUUUGCUGUACAACUCAUCCCGGCCGGUCUCCUCCUCAUCGGCGCCACUUGGAUUCGAGAGUCUCCAAGAUGGUUGUUGAGCAAGCACCGACGUGAAGAGGCAUUGAGGAACCUUUGCUGGAUCCGACAGCUGAAGAGCGGAGACAUUUACAUGGUUGAAGAAGUUGCCAUGCUCGACCACGCGCUGGAGCAACAAGCGGCGACCAUCGGUGAAGGCUUCUGGAAGCCAUUUGUUGCCGUUCGCCGCAGCCGAAAGGUCCAAUGGCGUUUCGUCCUGGGUGGUCUGCUCUUCAUGUGGCAGAACGGCGCCGGUAUCAAUGCCAUCAACUACUACUCUCCGACCGUCUUCAAGGCUAUUGGUGUUACGGGAACGAACUCGAGCUUCCUGACCACUGGUAUCUUCGGCGUGGUAAAGACCGUCACGACGCUUGUCUGGAUGUUCUUCCUCAUUGACAACCUUGGCCGGCGGAACUUGUUGAUACUCGGUGCCGCGGGCGGCUCGGUCUGCAUGUGGAUCAUCGGAGGCUACAUCUACACCCAGAACGUCGCGGUCCACAAGACCACCUCACUCAGCAGUGGCGGUAUUGCGGCCAUGUUCUUCUUCGUGAGUCUUCCUUCCCAUCACACCCCUCCCACCAUCCAUCCGCUGACAAUGCAAUCGCAGUACCUCUGGACGGCCUUCUACACCCCCACCUGGAACGGCACGCCGUGGGUCAUCAACUCGGAAAUGUUCGACAUGAACACGCGCGGCCUCGGCCAAGCCAGCGCGUCCGCCAACAACUGGUUCUGGAACUUCAUCAUCAGCCGCUUCACGCCCGAAAUGUUCCUCAACAUGGGCCCCAGCGGCAGCGGGGUCUUCUUCUUCUUCGCCUCCAUGAUGAUCGUCUCCAUCGUCUUCGUCUGGUUCCUCGUCCCCGAGACCAAAUCCAUCCCCCUCGAGGACAUGGACCGCCUGUUCGAGAUCAAGCCCGUGCGCAAGGCGAACCAGAUCAUCAUCCAGCAGGAUCAGCAGCGGGAUGCGGACUUCCGACACGAUGCCGAGGGCGCGGGUUUGUCCAUUGCCAAGGAGAAGACGGAACAUGUCGAGCAGACGAAUGCGAGGGAUAGUGAUGUUUAA